CUUUUCCAUUUUUGCGUUUUUGUACAAAUUCAUUUUUUUUUUUUCGUUUUUCCUGUUCGGUUUUUGUUUUCGCUGUGUUUCGUCUCCCUGCACCCCCAUCUGUGAUCUGUGUUGUUUGGCACAUCUUAGUUUUUUUUUAAAAUCUUUCUUCCUCCAAAAAACCAUGAAGCAAUCGCUCAUCGGUCGCACGACGGCAACGCUGCUCGCAGUGGCCGUGUUGGCGAUCGCGACCGCGGAUGCCCAUUCCUGGAUGACAUGUCCGAAUUCACUGAACGUGCAGCCUGGACGCGGCGGAUUUACCACUGGCCCUUGCGAACCAACCACCCCUGGACAGACUGUUCCCGUCACGAACAUCAAGGCCGGCGAACGCCUCAAGGUCGGCUGGACCUCGAACAACCACGGCGGCGGCUAUGUGCGCUUGGCGCUUGUGCCCGACGCCCAGUCUCUCGACACGGCCGCGUAUGCAAGCAACGUUCUCAAGAUGGCCUGCUACGGACACGACCAGCGCCCCGGCCGGUACCAGUAUGGCGACUGCAUCCACCCUUGCAAUGGGCGCGGUGCGUGCGCGUACCAGUCUGAGAUUGACGACGUUGAACGCUAUGACACAACCAUCACCAUCCCCACCAACCUCGCUGACGGCGUGUACUCGCUCCAGUGGGUCGGUCUUGUUGGCAACGCUGGCACGCCCUACUACUCUUGCGCCAAGCUCAAGGUGACUGGCGGCAACCCUGCCAUGUCCUGCCCGGCGCCUGCCACCAUCCCUGCGUACACCUGCCUCAAGUCGGAGUCUGGCGCGCCUUCGUCCGCCAUCAUGACCGGCACCAGUGCUGGCUCGUUCUGCUACCACAGCAGCAGCCAGGGUGCCAUCGACGACAACAUUCUCCAAGUGCCCAUCAACGCCAACUGCGAGCCCCGCCUCACUUGCGCGCUUUCGGUCAACGCUGCCACUUGCCAAGCCGAGUUUGCCGGCGUCGCUGACGAGACCAACCCGCAGCGCACCGACUGCGGCGUCAUCACCCCUCCCCCAGCACCCACCUGCAGCGAUGGCAUUCAGAACCAGGGCGAGCAAGACGUGGAUUGCGGCGGCACUCACUGCGACGCAUGCCCUCCUCCUCCCCCGCUUGAGGGCAACGACCCCACCACCGUCGAGAAUGUCGUGUACAGCGUCUCUGGAGCGUUCUCUGGCGGCUGGAGUGGCAGCAUCACCUUCACUGUCGCUCGCGAAAUCAUUGGCGGCUGGAACGUUACCAUCAUGUUUGACCAAGCCCUGACCAGCAUCGAGCCUUGGAGUGCCGUCUACCGCUCGAAGAACUCUAUCGGCAACAUUCUCACCUUCAGCAACGCUGACUGGAAUGGCAACGUUGCCAAGGGUAACUCGAUCACCUUUGGCUUCACUGGCUACUUUACCGGCAUUUCUCAGCCCAUGCCCAUGACGUAUGCCCUCGUCUGUCUUGGCUGCCCUGCCGUCUCUGCUGCCCCUGGAGCUUCGUCCGCGACUCCUGUCGUGAAGGCGUCUUCUGCGACUCCUGUCGUGAAGGCUUCGUCUGCCACCCCUGUCAAGGCUUCGUCUGCCACUCCUGUCAAGGCCUCCUCCGCUACACCUCUGAAGGCCUCUUCUGCCACCCCCGUCAAGGCUUCAUCUGCCACUCCCGUCAAGGCUUCGACCACCCCGACUGGUCCGGUCAGCACUUCGACCAAUGGUGGCGGUGUCAUUGUUGGCUACUACCCCGCUUGGGCCACGUACGACCGCAAUUUCCAAGUUGCUGACAUUCGUGGCGAUCUCCUCACCCACAUCAACUAUGCCUUUGCCAACAUUGCCGGUGGCAAGUGCGUUCUUGGCGACCCUUACGCUGACACUCAAAAGACCUUUGCUGGCGACGCUUGGGACGAACCCCUUGUUGGCAACUUCAAGCAACUCAAGAAGCUCAAGGCAAAGUACCCCCAUGUCAAGACACUCAUCUCUCUUGGAGGCUGGACUUGGUCUGCUCAAUUCUCGGACGUUGCUGCUACAGCUGCUUCUCGCGAGACGUUCGCCACCUCGUGCGUCCAGUUUAUGGAAACUUACGGCUUCGAUGGUAUCGAUGUCGACUGGGAGUACCCCGUCCUCGGUGGCCUCGAUGGCAACAUUCACCGUCCUGAAGAUGCCUACAACUACGUCAAGCUGCUCGCACUGUUCCGCACCAAGAUGAACGCUCUGGGCGGUCGCCUCCUCACGAUUGCGGCUCCUGCUGGUCCUUCAAUGCUUGCAGCCCUUGACAUUCCCGGAAUCGCUCAAAGCGUCGAUUGGAUCAACUUGAUGGGCUACGACUUUAACGGUGGCUGGGAUGUCUCGCACGUCGCCCACAACGCGCCUCUGUAUGCCAACCCCGCCGACCCUUCGUCUUCCCGCAACUCUAUGAACGUCGAUGCCGCUGUUACCGCGUACCUCGCCACCGGCAUGCCAUCGAACAAGCUGGUUCUUGGUGUUCCGUUCUAUGGUCACAGCUUUGCUGGCGUCGGCUCAACCAACAACGGCCUCUUCCAAUCCGGAUCCAACACUGGCCCUGGCACUUGGGAGGCUGGUUCUGUCGAUUACAGCGACAUUGAGAGUCAUUACAUUGGCAAGAGCGGCUAUGUCCGCUACUGGGACAGCGCUUCCGAGGUGCCGUACCUGUACAGCCCUUCCACCAAGGUCUGGGUUUCGUACGAUGAUGCCGAGUCGCUGACUAGCAAGUGCGUCUACAUCAACACCAAGAAGCUCGGUGGCGCCAUGGCCUGGGAUCUCUCCUCCGACCGCAACGUCGUCUUGCUCUCUGCCGUUCGCUCUCAACUGAGCGCUGGUACCACGACGUCCGCAACCCGUGCCGCGCCGGCUGGCACCAGCACGAAAGCCGUCGCUGCUUCCUCGUCCAAGGCUGCCACUACAUCGCAGGUCAAGUCCACUUCGACCAAGACAACUUCGACGUCCACCUCGACCAAGACCACAUCGACAUCCACCUCGACCACCACCACCACCACCACGACUCCUGGAGCAUGCGACUCGCGUUGCGGCACCGGCGUCUACCACGCUACUGGCAAGUGCUUGUCCAAUGGACGCUGCGCUUGCAUCUACGGCUGGACUGGCCCGAACGCCAUCUAUGUCAACAGUGCCAACAACGUUCAAGCAGACUACUGCUCUUGGGGCUGCUACUACUCUGCGGCGAUGGCCAACAGCCAGUGCGCAGUCGAUGCCUCCAAGAUUGUGAACGUGCCCACGAGUGACCAGGCUGACGACUUGACCAAGUACUCGACCUUCUCGACCGAGAUGAACGACAAGGAGUCUCGUGGCGGCCUCACCAAGCCCGACCAAUCGUCGGCUUCUAGCAGCACUGGUGCAGUGGCUGGUGGUAUCGUUGGCGCGCUCUGCGUCAUCGCCAUCAUUGCCGUUGUCGCCACUGUCAUUGUCCGUCGUCGCCGUGCAGACCGCAACCGUUCCAUGCACAAGGGUCAAUCGCUCGAGUCUGUUCUCGCCACAUCGAGCUCCCACCAGCUGAGCAACUUUACGGGCUCGACUGACAGCAUUACAGAUGCGUAAACUGACAGCGUGCUUUCUCCGGUGUCCGAAUGUUAGACUUGCGUGCGAGUUUUUCUCGGAUACUCCACCUGUAUACCUUAUCCCCAUUAUUGUCCGUCCAUGUGUGUGUGUGUUUUGUCUCUAGCUAGCGUUGCAUUGAUUUCGCUUGGCUUUGUAACGUGUUGCCUGUACUUGCAGCUUGCUGGCAUUCUGCAUGAAAACUGUAUAACAAAAAAACAACAAAAACAUUCUGAUCA